ACUAAUGGAUCAAAAAGAACUAUUUCAACUUCGCCUCCUUGCCCUUUCGCCAUGUCCGCUUUAUAAGCUUACUCAUUAAUCAUUGCUUAUCUAAUGAGGCUAAAACCCCUUUUGUUACCAUAUUACAUAAAAGAGAACCAUGUUCUUUCAUUGGAUCAGAUUCAAAAUUGGUAUAAAUUCAUCCAUCCUACCUUCGGAGGCGGACAUCAUCACCGGUGAUGUUCAACUUGAUCAAAUCUCCCAUGUUUUUUGAUCGGGUUCUUUGAUGAUUGAUCGGAGGCAUCUCCACAGAAUUCAGAUCCCUCUUAUGCAACCUUGCAAUUUUAAACAAAUAUGAUAGACGAAUAGUCAACCCGUUUUUGUGAUGCAAUUUAUACAUGGUGGUCGUCGCUGAAUCCCGAAUACCUUCUCUUUUUUUUUUUUUUUUUUUGACAAAGCAAGAACAAAGUUUAUCAUUGUUUUGGGAAAGAAAAUUCACUGUCGCAUAUGAUCCCAUCCUUUGAGUCAAUUCUUUCGAGAAAGUAACCCUGAGUACUAGGUACCCGGCGUCUCUAAAUGUUCCAACAGGCACCUUGGAUAAGAACAGUGGCAGCAAUAUCGCCAAUAAUAUCAGCAUCAAAUAUAACGUGGUCAUCCAGCAACAAUUCCAUAACCGGCGGCCAAAGAAAUUGUUUUACAGGAGCUACAUCGCUAUGCUCUAUCCUCGCUGAGCCGACAAGAAACGAAUGCGCCGCAACUCUGAAGGGAUACGAUAAAACACCUAUUAAGAACACAUCAAAUAAUCCGUUGCAUCCACGGAACCCUUCCACGACGAAGGAAUCAAGUUCCAAUGAACCAAGACUCGGCAUCUAGUUCCACUCUUGGAGCAGCUCCAGUGCGGAAGGACAGAGGACCGAUCGCGAGCCAGGCUUGUGAUGUUUGUCGACAACGGAAGCAGAGAUGUGACGAGAGCCGUCCAAAGUGCGGUCUUUGUACACGCUUGAAGAUAGACUGCAACUAUAGGGAGCCCGUACCGACAAAGAAAGACAAAACCAUGGUUGAAAUCCUGGAUCGAGUGAAAAAUAUAGAGAGUAUACUCGGACAAUUCCCUCAACUCUCGACGGGCAUCGCAGAGUUCAAGCCAAGUCAGACGCCACUUACUCAUUCAUCAUUGAACGACCCCCCUAGCUUCAAAACCGAGGGACAUACGUUCGCAACCUCGUUCUCACACCCAAACGAAAUAAUUACAGGUCGAAUACAUGCAAACUCUUUAUAUCGUCACUAUACUGCGUCUCACAAGAUUUUGUUAUGGCCAGCUAUACAGCAACUUCUUCUACAAGUUGCGCCAUCAAACAAUGGCAACGGCAAACUUCUGGCAAGGGGGUCAGUAUUCAUGGUUAGCAUACAGGCCUCGAGACCUCAAUUAUCCUUAGAUAUAGAUCUACAAGAGAAACCGUUUGUAGGCAUGCAAUCAUUGGCGAGUAGAGUUGUUGGGGGCUCGCGAACAACAUUUCCGGGCUUGUCCCAGGAAGCUAUGCUUCAACUGGCGGUGUCUUAUUUCGAUACGUUCAACUUUCUAUACCCUUUCAUGGAUAGACAAACUUUCCUUUCUGAUACAUUAGUGAAAGUGGUGUCUGAAGGAUUCGAUGGAGACAUGGAAUCCGUUAUUGCCUUGCUAAUAUUCGCGCUUGGAGAAGUAGCGCUUGAAGGAUCCUGCGGCUCUCCUGUCGAUAUCCACCAAGCACGGCCUAGUGGCAUCAGAGGCGGGUCGGGGCCAUCCAAACCACCAGGACUAUCCUUUUUUAAUGAAGCGAUGAAAAGGAUUGGCUGUGUCUUGACAGAAUGCAGUCUUGAAAAUGUGCAGAUGUUUUGCCUGACAGCGUGCGUUUCAAUUUCAAUUAUGAGUUUGUCGAACUCGACUAAUUUAAUACUUGACGUAGACUAUAUUACCAAUCCUGUUACCGCCAUCUGGACUUUUGGAGGACGAUGGUUUCUGCUUCAUCAGCAUGUGAUAUGCUUAUCACGUCGUCAGCACACCGAUUCUCCUUCUUCCUUCUCAAAACCUUCUGACCGAACUAUAGGGAUAGCUUUGACUGGAAAUCUCCGAAGGGCGACCUUAUCAAACGUGCGUAUUGGCAUUGUGCCACCAUGGAGACAUUUGCCACUUACCUCUAUGAUGAAUCUCGAGACGCACAUUGAAAUGCCACUUUUCCCCAUGCCAUCUAGUGAAGAUGAUUUGAAGGGGGACCAGGAAUCCAAUUGGCAAGCACAUAGUUCUUCAGUACUAGCACUACGAAGAAUUUGCGUCCAGAUGCAGAAUGGAAUUUCCGAGAUGGCCAAGAUGGACGCCAACUCCUCUUGCUCGGAAGGUUACACCUUCCUAACCGCAGCCGGAGUACGGCAACUCGCAUCCCAGCUAACUCAAUGGCGCGGCCUACUCCCCACCCCACUCCAAUGGGCAGAAGAUGAGCCCGCGAGUUUUCCUUUUGUGCAAACGCCUGAACGAGAUAUCGGGAAUAUCGAUCCCAAUUUCACAUCACCAAUAUCACAGAAAAGUCCCCGUCCGGUCCUCUUCUCCACUGACAUCGAUGAGGAACCGGUCAGGUAUCUUUAUGCAUAUGACAUACAAGUUGCGACACUUAGAACUAGAUACUAUUACGCCAAAUACAUGGUUUAUCGACCUUUUGUGUAUAAAGUAUUGCAUUCUCCGGAAUUGGUGACGCCAGAGGAUGCCCAAAAUGUUGUGGAAUGUCUACGAUCCUGUCUCCUGUGGCCCAUUCUCCUCUCACCCCCAUCCCGUUGCAAACGUCUAAUACCCUACCUCUUCACCUGGUCUCAAAUAUUCCUCAGUAUCUUAAUCAUCGUACAUCUCUCGAAAGGCAACAUGAUGCUGAAGGAUAUUUGUGAUAACAUGUGUGGAGAGCGAUACCAUUUAGAGAUUGAUGAAACUGUGAGGCUAAUGUUGGAUUGGAUUCGGGACUUGAAAGAUGCUGAGGAUCCAAUUGCGCUUUGGUGUUGGAAUAUGCUGAGAGGCAUUUAUUGGUAGGUCUUUUAUUUACACUUCAUCAAACACUCGUCGAUGGUGGGUACGUGUGAUGGUGGGGAAUAAAAUUAGGUAAAUACGUCUCCAAAGUUUGGGUGUGGCUCGGAGAUUACGUAUGACGCAGAGAAUCACUGUGAAUGAAAGGGAAAGGAAAGAUGCGGCCGCGUGCUUAGGUAUUUAUGAUGUGGCGGAUAAGAUCAAGGAAGCCAUGCAUAAAUGUAUGAUGAGAUGGCACAAGGAUGUUACGAUCAUGAAGAACUUGGAA